AUGGUACGCUUGAUCAUGGAGAAAGUCGACAGUGAAGCCGCGCUGAUCAAUUUAGAUCAGUCCAAGGCCUUCGAUAGGGUUGACCAGCGAUUCCUGGAGGCUGUCCUUUCGGGGGCCGGUUUCGGUCCGUACUUUCGCACCUGGAUCCGGCUUCUGUAUGCGACUCCCGGUGCGCUGGUGAAGGUGAAUGGGUUACAAUCGGAGCCUUUCGUAUUGUCUCGCUCCAUUCGUCAAGGUUGUUCGCUUUCGCCUUUGCUUUACGUUCUUGCGUUGGAACCUUUCCUUCGCAAGUUAAAGUCGAAUCCGGUCCUGCGCGGAAUCUCCCUGUCUGGGGCUACCACCUCGGCCAGGUAUUCUGCCUAUGCUGAUGACGUUUCGGUUCUUUUGUCGAGCAGAGUCGAGAUUGACGAAGUCAGCAAAGAGAUCAGUGGUUAUGAGAUGGUGACAGGAUCCAAGAUCAAACGCGAUAAGUCUGUUGGCUUGCGGUUGGGUGCGUGGAAGGGAGUUUCUCUUCCCGGACUUUUCCUCUGGACGGAUGGGCCGACCAAGAUACUCGGCGUCUGGUUCGUCUCGGAGGAAUCUUUCCUUGAAGGGGAGGGCGGAUGUAUGUGUUUCACACAUCUACCUGAUUCUCCUUUACGGACUCUCUGUACUUCCACUUCCGUAUUCCACACUAAUGUCAUUAGUAAAGCUUUUGUUCUCUUUCUUGUGGUAUGCCGGGAGAUCUGUUGCCUUCAUCCAUCUGAAGGCGGUCUGGAUAUGCCUACCAUUGAGAUUCGUCAAUAUAUGCUUCGCAUCGGGUUCCUAGAUCGAAUGUGUUGCGAAUCGGAUAAGGAGGGUGCCAUCUGGAAGGAAGACGCCCGUAAAACUUUCCCAUCCCUGAGAAGUGUGCACUCGAGCGAGGAGGAGGCCCAUUGUUUGCCCCGAGCCGAAUGCUCCUAUUGUGAAUGUCGUAUUGCUCUGAAACGUCUCUUAUGGGCGUCGGAUGGCCUCUCCAACGUCCAGGUGUUGUCCCGUAGGGCAUUAUAUCAAGUGUUAGUCAGGGGAGCCGUGCGCGAUGAACUGAUUGACGAGUUCGGUCUCACGAAGCAGGAGGCUCGCUCAAUAUGGCCUUGGGCGCCUGGGUUGAAAUGCCUCAAUAACGAUGAGGCAUCACUCACCUUGCUGAUGAUUCGUGGGGCCCUCUGGGUCGCCAAAAGACUUUAUUCAGCGGGCUUGGAGAAAUCUCCAAACUGCCGUCGCUGUAGUGGGGAAGUCGAGACCAUUGGUCACGCCUUUUUUCAUUGCAGGGUGGUAGCACCGUUGUACAGUUUGCGACCGUUUUUCCUGGAUAAAUUGAAUUUCUUUUUCUUCUUCCUCUUCUUCUUCUUCCUCUUCUUCUUCCUCCUCCUCCUCUUCUUCUUCUUCUUCUUUCUUCUUCUUAUUCGUUUUCUUCUUCUUCCACUUCUUCUUCUUCUUCUUCUUCUUAUUCUUCUUCUUCUUCUUAUUAUUAUUAUUUUUAUUUUUCUUCUACUUCUUCUUCCUCUUCUUCUUUUUUCUUCUUCUUAUUAUUAUUCUUUUUCUUCUACUUCUUCUUCCUCUUCUUCUUCUUUUUUCUUCUUCUUCUUCUUCUUCUUCUUCUUCUUCUUCUUCUUUCUUCUUCUCAGCGAGAGAACUUCCAUCAAUUUUAAUCUAUCUUUUCAUGCAUUUGAAUUUAUGCACUUCUUUUAA